CUCCCUCUCUCUCUCUCUCUCUCUCUCGUUUCGUAUUUGGCGUGUUCUUUCCCAUCGCCGAUUUUGCUUGUCAAGGCAGUGAUCCAAAUCUCCAACCUAACGUCCACCGACCUUCAAGCCUUCGUUUCCUUUCCGAUCACGGCGGCUUUCCCCUGCGACUGCGAUCCUAUGCGACGGAUUCAUCCGAUUCACUCGCUCUUUUGAUUAGGAACCAUGUCUCACUUGCAGAGUUACCAUUCACAGGGUGGCCCUUUUGCUGGUGGUUGUAGACCUUUUGCCAAUAGUAACCAAUCCACCAUCACAACUAGCAACCAAUUUAAUAACCAUAAUAACUGCAAUGGCAACUGCAUUUGGAAUUACGAUGAUUUCCAUGAUUGUUCAAGGAAGUUCAAGGAGUAUAACUAUCACGUUAAUCAUGUUAUGCCCAACGCUGCACCUUCUUUCAAAAGGAGAAAAUUUUCUGCUUCUUCUUGGGAAGACAAUGGGAGACAGUAUCAACCCAAAGGAUGCAGUAACAAUGGGUUUCCUACAUGUAAGAACAAUUUGGUCCAUCUUGCUCCUUCAAGACCAGAUGCCAAUAGCAGCAUGUCUAUCGCCAAUAAACGUGACCGUAAAAAAUUUGAGGAUCAAGAUGAGGUCUUUAUGUCAAGGGAUGAGAUUGACAGAUGCUCUCCAUCGAGAAAAGAUGGCAUUGAUGCACUGGUUGAGACAUACUUGCGUUACUCAUAUUGUGCUUUUCUCCAAAAUCUUGGAUUGCGAUUGGAUUUGCCGCAAACCACUAUUGGCACUGCUAUGGUUUUAUGCCACCGGUUUUUCGUUCGAAGGUCACAUGCUAGCCAUGACAGAAUUUUGAUUGCUACUGCUGCUCUUUUUUUGGCUGCAAAGUCUGAGGAGACGGCACGCCCUUUGAACAAUGUGUUGAGAGCAUCGUGUGAAAUUUUACACAAGCAGGACCUCACUUUCAUCUCAUAUCUUCUUCCUGUUGAUUGGUUUGAGCAGUAUCGAGAACGUGUGAUUGAGGCUGAGCAAUUGAUAUUGACAACUCUUGAUUUUGAGCUUAAUGUUCAGCACCCAUAUGCUUCUCUUACAUCCAUUCUUGACAAAUUAGGCUUUUCACAGUCAGUACUGGUGAAUUUGGCACUGAGAUUGAUCAGUGAAGGGGUUUAUACCAGAUUAGCGUGCUGGCCUAUAUGAUAUUCUUAGCUGGCGGUUGAUAUGCUGUUCAUGGAAAGUUUUGUUUUACAUCUGAAGUUGAACCACCAAUGUGUUGUGGAUGCCUAUUCAUGAAUAUGUCUUUUAAAUUGGUCAUUGGCUAUUGAGGAUAGCCAGAGAUGCUCCAGCACCAGUUUUUCCAUCUCACUUUGACUACUGUAUGGUCACAUGAAGUCAUUUGUGUGGGUUCCUAUUCAAUGUUGCUGCCUGUCUGCUUGGUGUCUAUAUAGGACACUGUCAUGUAGGCAAAGAGAAGCCUGAAAAAGUUGGUUGGAUGAGUUUUGUCAAGCCUGUUGAAGUCCAUGGGACCCCUUUAGAUUGCUAUCAUCCAUCCAAAUAGAGGAAUAUAUUGAUAGAUGGAUAGGGGGCACUUUACCUUUGCAGGAGUCUUAUUGUUUGGUUUUGAAGUUUUGUUUUCUUACAAAACCAUUUUAGGGUCUUCGUAAGACUUGUGUUGGUGGAUAGAUGGGGGGAGCUCUUGCCUCUGCCAGAGUCCUGGUGUUUGGUUUUGAAGUUCUGUUUUGGUCUAAAACCAUUUUAGGGUCUAAUAAGACUAGUAUAUGCUUAAAACUAUCAUGUUUUUCAGUCUAUUAAGUAGAUUUGGAAGAAUAUUUCCAAUGAUAUUAUCUUAUCACCAAAAACCUUUUUAUCAACUUGAGGCCAACAAAUAGUUAUGGUGGUUGAGCACCUGGAAUUAGUGCCAUACUUUCUUGUUUAUGGUUUUCCUUCCUUAUUUUCUACUAGAAGCAAGAGCACAUGUGUGUGCCUAUCUGCAUUUAUGUUUUGAUUUCUUCCUUUUUUCCCUAAAAUAUUCUUCUUCCCCUAUCUAUCUAAUCUAUAUAUUUAUUUUUGAUUUCAUUCUUUUGUUCUAUGCUUGUCUCCUCCUCCUCCUCUCUCUCUCUGCCUUAACUUUAAAAACAGACUUGACUAAAUUGUUGCAGUUCAUUAUUCAUGGAAGUUACAAGUGAUAUAAAUUUAAUUUUCAUAUAUAUGCUUGUGUCAAUUAAAAAAUUUACUCGAAAGAAAGAUGUUUUAAACCUUAAAGAGUAUAUCCAUAGAUUAUUUAAGGGCAGCAUCGUCACAAAAUUGUGACAUGGCUUUAGAAGUGGGAGAAUCAAAUUGGUGUGUUCUCCCUUUCUCCAAACCUGCCAGUUAAAUCUUUUGUGUUUCUAUCAGUUAAAAUCUUUUUAAUUAAUAUCAACCGCAAGACUUCACCGAUUUUCCAAACCUAGAAUUGAAUAAUUUACAAUCCUUGGACUUAUUACUGUUUUCAUGCCCAACUGCUUUCAUUUUGUUGUAUUUCCUGUAUGCUAAACAGUACUUAUAAUCCUUGGGUGGGUUAUUUGUUAUAAAUACAUUCAAUAUUUUAUUUGCUAUCUGAUACAUAGAGCAUUUUCUCAAGUAUAUUGAUGUUAGCAAGGAAGUAGGCACAUUAGUAAUCCUUCCAGAUAAAACUAUUGAGCACAGCUGCAAAAGGUAUCAACAUUUACUUGCUCUGGGUGGUUUAGUUGCUUGCAACACGGGUUGCUUGUUUUUGUUUUUGUUUUUUUUCCCAACUGAAAUCACCUGCAGCAGAACUGGGCGUGGAAGUUGAUGUUUUCUCUAGAUGAAUAUUGUAUUUUUGCUAUAGUUUUGGUGUACUCUGUUGGAGAUUCUGCAGAAGGUUCUUGGAAAAUAUUUCCCCUGGGUUGCUGAGUUGUUAGUUGGUAAGAGAAUUGCCUUCACUUGCUUUCGUUACUUGAAAGUUUAAUUAUGUUGUCUUAACAUAGUAUUCUUUAAGAAAUUGGAAGUUUUAUGGCUGUGACAAUAUGUUCCAAUUAUUCAAAUAUUAUUUGAAAGUUGAUGUUAUUUGUGUUAAUGUGGCAAGUUAACAUGCGAGAUGUUACCUCUUUUGUUAUGGUAUGGCACCACAUGGGUUCGCUUGAUCAUCCACUUAUUACCUAUCAGUGUUAUAGGUUGGUUGUUUUCUUAUUUCUUUUAUGCAGUACUGAAGUUGGAUGUUAUUAUGCAGGCUUCGAAGUUCACUGUGGCUUCAGUUUAAACCCCAUCAGAUUG